UGGCGCCGGAACACAUUCGCAAGUUACCAUAUUUCAAACGCUGUAGUACAGUAAGUGAACGCCGCUUUAGCGGUGCAGAUUAGUUUAAAAGGAUUUCCAAAGAAGGAAUCGGAGGAAUUUAUCCGAAACGAGAACGUUUGCUUUCCCGCAACAUGCCAAACACGGCCUAGCAUUCAGACUGGGAAGAGGGGGCGGAAUAUGGGGAAGAAGGAAAACGAGACUCGUUGGAGACACUACAAACAAAGGAGAGACCCGCUGCCCUCAAACAACACAUAACGGACAAAACACCGAAGAACUAAACGAAACAACUGUGUUUACCGCUAACAGAAGAGUGUUCGUCAUUCACGUAGCUGGAAAGAGGGAGAAAAGGCAGCUGAAGAAGUUACCGGACUAUUUUGUCAGCUAUUUGCCCCGAAAGGAGUCUUCGAGGCUAAACCCGCUGUGCGAAACACUUCCACAUAUUCGUGUCAGUCAGAGGACAGUUUGGUGGAAAAUGGGGGAGCAGCCACUCUUCAGCGCAAAGGCACAUGUCUUCCAAAUUGAUCCAGCCACUAAGAGAAACUGGAUCCCUGCCAGCAAGCAUGCUGUCACUGUCUCAUUCUUUUACGAUGCCAGCAGGAGUGUAUAUCGCAUCAUCAGUGUAGGAGGUACCAAGGCAAUUAUAAACAGCACCAUCACACCUAACAUGACCUUCACCAAGACGUCACAGAAAUUCGGCCAGUGGGCAGACAGCAGGGCGAACACGGUGUAUGGCUUAGGCUUCGCCACAGAACAACAGCUUCAACAGUUCUCAGAACAGUUCAAAGAAUUUAAGGAAGCAGCACGGCUCGUCCGGGAGAAGUCCCAAGAGAAGUUUGAGUUGAUCAACGCUGGUCUAAACAUCGCUGCCCCACAGCUGUCUCAGGGGCUUUCUGAAGACCGCCACUCUCCGCCACCGCUUCUGUGUGUGAAUGGCCCUGGGGAGGACAAGCUGUUCCGCAGCAAGAGUGCAGACAUUGAGCAGACUUCAGAGAAGGAACAUGUUAAAAAGAUGCUUUCUGAGGGAUCGGUAUGUGAGGGGAACAUGGAAGCUGAGCUGUACACUCUACAGGAGAGUAACAGUAAGCUGGUUGCAGCACUCCAUGAAGCCAACUGCAGCAUCGAGCAGUGGAAGAAACAGCUGGCCGAGUACCAAAAAGAGACGGACAGGCUGCGUGAGAAGGUGGCAGAGUUGGAGGCUCAGAGUGGUCAUCCUGCUUCUUCUGAGAAGAGUAAUGAGGAGCCCUCCCACUCAGUAGAAGAGAUGGAGGCCCUUAUAAAAGCUAAAGAUGAAGAAAUUAACACUCUACAGUGCAAGAAAUCAGAUUUUGGGGAGCUGGAGAAAGAAAGGGAAGAUGUUCAUAAAAGAAUGCAGGAGCUGGAGGAGAAGAAUGCUGAACUGGAGCAGCAGGUCCAGAGAGCAGAGCAGACUCUGGCAUCCUCCCUGGAUGCACGUCAGCAGGCGGAGAGUGAAGUGCGGAAGGUCAUUGAAGUGCUGGACCUCAAGAUUUUUGACCUUAAUGACUUACGACAGAAUCUGGCCAAACUUGUAGAUAAGUAACAGCCAUAACGUCAUGUUUGGUGAAGAUCUAUGACGCUCACAAAGGCAGCACUUACAGGAGCAAUCUUACACCCCACUGAACUCUUCUUCAACAGCCAUUGGCUAUGGGGAAUAUUGCUAUCCAUGCAACUUGAUUGGCAAGAAUUGCUUAAACGUAGCCAUGCAAGGUUAAGCUUGUGAAUAAAUCAGUACAUUCUUAUGAAGCUGGUUAAGCUGCACUUAAUUCCUUAGAGCAGAGACAUGGCAGCUGACUGGGGCCUGCAAAUUUUGCAUCAGCAAAAACAUCCCAGAACAAAGGCUGUCAUAAUCUUGCUUCUCUGUUUUCAUGGUGGAAAGCACAGAGCAUUUCUUUCUUGUAUCAGGUGUCUUUUUGCUGUGUCUCUAGUCAUCAGCCCCCUGAUGAGUCUGUAGGGAGUUAUCUAUAAAACAGUGCCUGAGCACACACAACUAGAUUAAAGAAGUGGAGUAGAAACUGAAGGAGCGGAUCCACGUGCAGCAAGCAUUAUCCUGACGGGUACGAAAGAGAGAGGCUGCAAGCGAAUGAAUCUGAUGAAAGAUAGCUUUUCAUCUGAUUGCUGUUGUUCUGUAGUGGUGGUGUUUUUCUCUGUACAUAAAUUGUGUUUUGUCUGUAUGUCCUAUUAGGUAAUUUUUCUCUUAAAAGCACAAUGCUUAUCUUUAAAGCACAUUCACACUAUUGUGCAAAAGUCAGAGACCACCCCAAAUUUAUUUUAUUUGUUGUCAAAAUUGACAUUCCUUUUUUUAUAAGAUAUUCCAGAGAAGAUUAGAUAGAAGACAUUUCACUUACAUAAGGAAGGGGAACCUCAUAGGAAAUAUAAAUUUAAAAAGUCAGUCAUACUUCAGCUUCACUGUGUGUUUGAGAUUACUUGUGUCAUGAAAAGCAGAGUGUAAUGUAACCAACUUCUAAGACUGAACUGGGGUGUGGAAACCUGCACAGAGAUUUUCUUUGAAAAGCGAGGCUCAAAAAAGAAAUGGAAAUUGUAAUAGAGACAAAGUGUGGAACUUGAUAUUAUAUUUAGGUGCUUCUGCAUAAUUUUCUGUUGCAUAUAUGGUUUCUGUUUUCAUGCCUGAUGCUGAAUAAUGAAUAGCUUGUACUUAAUGACUGGUUUGACUGGAUGUUAAAUAAAUAAAGGGUGGUCUCUGACUUUUGCACAGUACUAGAUCACAGCUGGAGAGUCAAAGGUUUGCAUUGGCUAGAUUUACAUAUCUGUAUAAAUCUAAAUGGCACUAGCAUGAUUCUGUUAGGACAUAUAAACAUAGUGAUGGUAUAUCAUGUCUGCUGAUAAUGAUUGAAGUAACCCACAUGAAGUGUCUGAAGGAAUGCAAUAGGCCUCUUUAUGGAAUUUAGGGUAGUUCAUUUUGUAGCAAAAACUAUGAAGGUAACCACUAUGGCAGUAUUACAGCUAAAACACUAACCACUAUAAAUGAAAACACUAACCACUAGUUGAAUUAUUUUUACCGUCACUGUUGGCUUAUGUUCGCUAUUAUCCUUAUUGUCUUAGAAGCUGCUAGGAUGUGUGUAGAUGGAGUUUUAUGAGAAUUCUUGCGGUAUUAAAGCAUUGUCUUCGAAGGCACCAUAAUAAGUCUAGUGCUGGAGAGAUUAUUUUAAAGUGGAAGCAGAGUGUUCCUGUAAAUUGGAUUGGCUAGUUUUAGUGGGUAUUAUACACAGAUUGCAUCUGACUCUAGCUACUUUACAAUGGUACUGCAAAAAUGCAACAGCCUAUAGGUACUAUGCUAUAACACAUAAUAGUCUCAUUAUGCUAUAACACACUAAACGCUUCAGUCAAGGAGCCAAGCAUCGUCGUAUUAACUUCUUUAGUGAUUCAGCUUUGUUCUCAGCACAAACGUUCAGCUGGCUAGUGGAGUCUUUGUUGCCCAGAGUAAAAAAAAAAAAAGGUGCUAUUACAACAAAAAGGUCAGUAGAUCUCAUCUAUUUAUUGGCUUCAACUUAAGCACAGCUCUAUAAAGCUGUCCAGAGCUGCCUACUGGACAAGCAUCUGCUAAGCUAAAUUUGGUACUAUUGAUAAUACAAAUUCACACUCCUUGCUGAGCAGAACUUUUUGUUCCCCUCAACAGGGCUUUUGCAUAAAUGUUAUUUUUCUAAUGCUUGAACAUGCUGUAUAUUGUGAUUUUUGUAUUGAUCCACAAUAAAGAUUCCAGCUUUACUUUC